AGGCAAAAUGAACGAACAGCAGACGAGGAGGAUUCAAAAACUGAUGAAAAUCAAUCUAAAAUGCGAAACACCGCCAGAACUCGUCGCUCGACUCGCAAAUGACUCAAUUGUGCUGGAUAGCCGUAUCACUGGAAAGUCUGAUAAGGAAGUAAUUGAUAUUAUGAUUUCCAAAGAGGAACACGAUGUGAAAUCGAUUGGAUUAAUGUAUCACAUUCUUACAAGCGGCGAGAACCCGGAUUUAUUUGGCAAAAUGAUCAGAUACGUGACAGGAGGCGGCGCUGAGUAUUGGCAUCACGUGCUUUGCAAUAUGAAUAUGAUUUUAUUCGAAGUCUGGCCAUUCCUGCAUCUUCUGUGCAAAGAGCAAUUGCUCCGAUUGAUUCGAGAAGCCGUUCGCCAAAAUGUGAAACAAGUGGAAAAUGUGCUAAUGAACGCGUUUCGAAUGUCGAUUGGGUCCAGUGAUUUUGCGACGAAGCAGCGCAUUUUUAUGAAGCUAAACUCGAUGAUUCGCGAGAACGAGGCAUGGUUCAAGUCACAAAAAGCGUGUGCCGCACUUGUUGCCAAUAUUCUAACAUGCACGACAUCAGUAAUAAUCUCAAGCCCAGCACCAAUAUCAUCACAGGAUACAUUCCGUGAAUCUCAACUAGAUCUCGUUCAAUGGGUGAUUAAAAGCCGAAAAAUCGAUUGUUUGACACUGGGAAGAGACUUUAUUCUGAUAUUGAUUAGACUUGGCAAAAUGCCACAAAUCGAGGAGAUUUGGAAGGAUAUUGUGGCGAAUCCGGCGAGUUUUGGUGUGUCGAAUUUGGAAGAGUACAUGACGAAACAGAAUGUUCUACAACACGUUCGAAUCUCUAUAGAAUUGGAGAGAAAAGUGCAAUUUAUGGUUGUAAAUGGUGGAAAAAACCUGCUCACCUACUUCACAUGGUUGAAUAAUAAGUUCUUUCGGGCGAAUGAUGGACCGGCUCUGCGAGCUGAAUGUGUUCGAUAUGUUCUAUCGAUGAAUUUGGAUCCGGCUAAAGCGUUGCCAAAUGCACAGGAGAAUCGCGUUCAGUUGUUGCAUUUAUUGAUUUCUACUGUGCCGUCGGGACCCGAACUACAAUGGCUCAAACUGUGCCUAUUCGCCGACUGGUUCGGAUGUGAUGAUAAGAAUUCGGCGAAUUUGAUGUGUGUCGAAAAUUCGUUUUCAGUUGUCAGAUACGCUCUAUUCCUAACACCAACAGGCCCUCAACAAAACAGUAUUGUCCAAGGAUCACAUUGCUCACAAUUUGCGAAUUCUUUACUCGAAUUUCUGUGCAAAAGUGUUGAUGUACUGCUGCCGCCUGCCUACGCCGAGCCUAUCCGUCGAAAUGUGAAUAGUGCGAUGAGAUUUAUCAAGGAUCGACUUCAACACAAUUUACCGCAGAUUUUGGAGAAUAGUAAAAUCGAUCGAAAAGUGUCGGAGCUAUUACGGAAUGUGUUCCCGGAUUUUGUACGGAACCCAAUCGGUAACUCCUCAAUCAUUCGUCCCAAGAAAAAGUCCACCGAUGAGGAAAAAGCCAUAAAAAGUUCGUCUGAGCCGGCACUUUCAGAGCAAAAAUCCACCGAAAAACCGAGUUUUUCAACGGAAAAACUAUCGUCGGAUUCGGCGACGACUAAAAUCGAGAAGGAAAAGCUGAAAAAAGCGAUAGAAGAGCAGGAAGAGCAGGAGCUCAAUGUGCUCAUUAAACAGUUACAGGGGGAAAUUGGAACGAAAAUUGCAAAGUUGAAAGAUCAAUGGAAGGAAUUUGAUGAUGAUGCUGAUAAAUGUGAAGCUGUAGAGGGGCUUUUGGUUUCUUUAUUGACUACGGGCGACGUAUUCGACGAAUCUCAACAAGAAUUAGCUGCACAAUGUCUUCUCGGAAUAAUGGGCUCAGUGGUAGCUGAUGAGCAAUCACUAUUACCGCCAAAUGAAAAAGAUCUCUCUGAGGCAUUCACACAUCCGAUAUACUCGUUUCUCAAAGUGCUAUGCUCUCCACCUGACAACGAUGAAGCUUCAAGUGACGUGAUGGCUGCAAUGAUGGCUGCAAUGCGAGAAAAAGAUUCCUCGCUGACCUACGUCUUUCUAUAUUUCAUUAAAGGCACAGCAGGCGGCCGACCGACCGAAUGUAUAGAAUGUUAUAAGAAUAUUGCAAAAAUGAGUGGGCGAAGUGUUGAUGAGAUGCUUGCAUCAGAUCUUCAACUAUGUGCAGUUAAUGAUAAUCGACUAUUCGCCUAUCUUGUUCCGUUCGUAUUCUCACAGUUUGAAGAGGAAGUCAUGUCGACGCCGGCACUUUUGGCGACACUUUGCGCGAAUCUUGAUGCGAUUCAACUUAGAUCGUUUGUCAGCGAAAUUAUUCGAGAAGAAAUCAAGAUAUUCCGUAAAGAAUCAUUCCCAAAAAUGGUGAUGGAUUCGGUUGAUUGGGCGACAACUCCACAAUGGGUAUUCUGGCAUUUGGUACAUGCUGACGGAGUUCCUAUAGAAUGGUUUUUGAGUACAAUUCCGAAAUUUGAUGCCGUCGGUCAUGACGAGGCGAUAGCGAAUAUUUUGUUGAUGAUGAAGAGAAUGGACCGUGAACCAUGGGCUGGACUGAUUCGAGCACUGUUCAAUCGUGUUCCGAAUAAAGAUGACACAUUCACAAUUGACGCAAUGAAAGUACUUAUUGAGGAUUCGGAACAAUGUCAAAAAGUCGCUGAAAUAGUUGCACAGUUGAUCAAGAAAUUGUUAGGGAACAAUGAUAUCAUCGGCCUUGGAGUCCGAGUGCACAAGAAGGGAAAUCCGAUGAAAUUGACACUGCAACAAGUACUCGAACACCUUCAACACUUUAGUUCGACGUGUGUGGAGAAGAAGCAACGAAUGACUGAAACAUUUAUGUCAAGGAGUCAUUUACAGGAAGCUUUUGCUUCUAUUAAAGUAAACGACAAAGCAGUUGUGCUUGUGAAAAAGUACGGAAAUCUAUUCGGAGCCAUGGACAUUAUUGCUCAGGACACGAAAGAGCAUUCGUCAUCGAGAACUCUUCGAGGAAACAGGCAAGGAACAAGUGCCGAGAGACAACAAAUGCAGCAGAUGCAUCAUCAGAAACGGAAGCCAAAUGAGGAUGACGAGCAGAAUAGCAAGAAGCGGAAGAUGCACAACAACAUUAUCGAGCUCAGCGACGACUCGGAUUCCGAUUAGAUUUUUGAAUCUCUAUUUUUUAUUCGUUUUUCAAUUUUGUACAGAACUUCCUCUUCACUUUUUUUCUCCAAAAAAGAGUGUAAAAAGUAGCAGAAUAACAAUGAGACCCCCACUCCGUUUACGUCAUCUCUCCUUCUUCCCCCAUCUCCCCUCUCCACGCCUUCUCCACGUCUCCCCGCCGCCGUCUAUAGCGCCCGUGUGUUUCUUUCUCCAUUGCCCCCCGUCUACCCCCACACUUUUGUAUCACUAAUUCUCUCGUCUUUCCAUGUUCUCCCAGUUUUUUACUCGUUUUCUCUCUCCGUCUCUCUAACUCUCUCUCGUUUUGAAUUCCAGUAUUAUCUCGGCUCUUUAGGCUUCGCAAUUUUUUUUUAUCACUUUUCUUAUUUAUUUUUUUUUUUUAAUUUAUUUAAUUUUCAUAUUUUAUUUAUUUAUCACAUUGUUUCUUCCUAUACAUCUCAAUACACAUAACUGGUUGCCGUCUUU